UUACCUAUAAAUAUUAACAAAGCGAUUGUUUUAAUGUUUACUUUGCUUAAGUAAAUGUACCGUUAGUGUUUUCAACGGUGAUGUUGCGAAGUAACUCUAAUUUUAGACUUUGAAGUCACACACGUUGGAAACUAGUGUAGUGAUUCCCAUCCGGGAAAUACAUUCCCCAGAGAUUAUGUCUAAGCGAUGGAGAAAAUAACCGAGAAGCUGUUACUGGAGAAAGGCUCUCCAAAAAGCAACAAACUGGAGCAGAUCAAGACACUGAAUUUAUCCGGGCUGGGACUGAAGACCCAAGACCUGCCUGUGCGGCUGCUGUCCCGCCUGCGGUCCCUGGAGCGGUGGGAUCUCUCUGGGAACUCCCUGCAGGCGUUGCCAAAGUCACUGGAGCUGCCGGCGCUUUGCUACCUGGACCUCAGCGACAACCAGAUGGAGGAUGUGACCACUCUGGAGCCUCUCAGCGGUCUGCAGGAGCUGAAGAUGGAGGACAAUCUUUAUAUCACUGUUAGUGAUAAUUACAAGCUGAUGGUGUUGUUGCCCAAACUGAGGAUUUACAACGGUAAAGAUGUCAGCACCUCUGCCAACCAUUUGCGCUUUGUCUACAGUGAGAACCUGAGGACCAGGAUCAUUGCCGUGUGGGAGAAGAGCUUCUCUCUCCCGGAUCCCGUCACGGCGGAGAAAUUGUCCGCCUUGGAGAAAAGCUUUGUCAGUACUGCCCGUCAACAGGUUAAAUAUGGACCCAGUUCAGUCAGCGACUUCACCAAAUGGAGGGUGGAGGUUCUCGCUAAGGAGUAUCUGCGCUCUCUGACCGAACCAAAGGAAGAACCGGAGUGCAAAAGGUCCACGGACACUAAAGAGAGCAGCAGGGUCUUGACGCCUACGAAGAGGAAACAAAACACAUCCGUUGACACCGACAGAAGCCUGACGCCUCGCAAGAAACUGCGCUCGGAUCUCCCGGCCUCCCCGGCCGCGGUCAGUCCCUGCAAAUCGGGCCUGAGCCGCAAACUGCAGGCGCUCACCCAGGCCCCCGCCGUCAGGGUGAGCCCCCGCAAGGCAAGCCAGCCUCCCGUCACCCCGACCGCGGAGGCGCCGAGGAGAGGACCUAGAGCGCGACAAGCCAAAGACGACGACGACGACGGGGCUCAGACAAAACCGAAUCGAGCGGAGCCGCGGAGGGACGCUGACUGGCUGUCCUCGAUAAAGAGCUGCAGCAGGACUCCGCCGGUGCGUCUGAAGCCUCUCCACGUCCUCCAGUGCCACAGUAAACAGGACAGCUCGGAGGACUUCUCCACCCAGCUGUGGGCCUGUGCCUUCCAGCCGCUGCCAGACUCCACGGGUUCUGGAGGCGGGAGCCGUUUGGUUGCUACCUGUGGUGGAGACUCUCUCUGUGUUAUUGACUGUGAAACCGGUUUAGUGAUGAAGAAGUACAAAGUUCCUGGAGAGGAGUUCUUCUCCCUCUCCUGGUCCACUGUGCUGAUGUCCAGAGGAGGCGGGGCCUCGGCUCAACACUGCAGCGUUCUGGCGGCUGGUGGGAAGAGGGGACUGGUCAAACUGAUCCACCCCAGAAACAACGUGGCCUACGGGGAGUUCAGGGCCAGCCGCAAGGCGCUGUCGGUCCUCCGCUUCAACCACCACCAGGGGAACUUCCUGUUCACUGGCUCAUACGAUAACAAGAUUGUGUUGUGGGACAUCGGAGGAGUGGACAGCCAGUACAACUACAAAGUUGUUCAGCUGCUUGUGUUGGACAUCAGCACCACCCCUCUGCACAUCUGCCUGCCCCCCACCUCCCCCAGCUCGCACCUACUGACGGCCUGCGAGGACGGCCUGCUCUGCUACGACACGCGGCUCGGCGGCAACAACAACACCACAAAGAGGACCAAAGAGAUGGAGAUAACGUUCCCCAUCUAUAAGAAGGAAGACAAAGACCAUGACUACCACACCAUCGAUGGCCUUAGUUUUCUUACGGAUGACAUAGUGGCCUCCAAGAACUACAUGCAUUGCUCCAUUUAUUUGUGGAGCUGGAGCGGGACCAAGGCCCAGCGGCCCGGCAAGAAGGACCGGACCGUUUGUGCUGUGGUUCUGGCGGAGCUGCAGUGGGCCAAUACUGAGAUCCCCUACCUGGCUCUCAACACCUGCCCAGGCCAAGCCUACGUAGUGUGUGGUGAUGACAAAGGCAGGCUAUGGACAUACAACAUCUCCAAGCUGCAGAAAAACAGUCUCCAGACGGGGAAGCCCAUACUCCCCACUGAGAUGUUGGAGUGGCCGACCCCAGUGAGGAAGGACCGCGGCCAGGUGGAGGGCCCCUCCAUCAACAGCGUAGCAAUGGACCCUGAGCUCCACUUCCUGGUGGCCCUAAGUGACAAGAACAUGGUGAUCGUGUGGAAGAGGGAGGAGUCCGCCUGAGCAACACGGGCCAGACACUGUCUGCUAAUCAUAAGUGGAGGUCCAGGUUUUUGAUACAAGCCCUUAAGGUUUGUUUGCCGACACACAAUUCUUUAUUAUUGUGUCUCUUAUGGUCCUUUUGAUUUUGUUGAAUUAACUGUUCAGUCCUUAUCGCCAAAUGAGGAGACACCAAGGUGAUUGAGCUUACAGCCUUUUUGUGUUACAAACUAGCUGUGGUGAAAUUUCCAGGAAUUCUCUGUUUGCAUCUGGGAAGUUUGAACGGAAAACUUGCACAAAAAACAGAACAAAAUGUGAAUCUUUGAGAGUGUAGUUAUAAAAGAGAUGUUAAAAUGUCGGAUCCAACCAUAACAACAGUGCGAAAUUCACAAAUCCAAUCCAAGAUCCAACAUGAUGCCUUACUGGAAAUGUAUGGGCCGAAGUUUGUGUAACUGGAAACAGAAAAUAUAUAUUUUACAUUUAAAGUUGAAUAAUUUAAUUAAUUGUGCACCCAAGAACCAACACAUAACGAAUACAGCUUUUGAACAAAGUGACAUUUUUUUUUUUUUGUGCAUACAUGUGUUUUCUUCUAAUGUACAUAUUUAAGGUAAUCGUAGGUGAAUGCGCCUCAUCUGUAAUGAGGUCAGUCUUUGGACCUUGCUGUUAUGUAAUGACACGAUCACGUUACGGAAUGCAAACACACAAACACGCCUCACUAAAAAGUCAACACUGGUGUGAGGAGUAAAGAGGCAGAGUAGAUAUGCAGCCCGGAUACUGAUAGUGAAUCCAGAAAAGAGUUUUCCUUCUUCCUGUCUGAUCCAGUAGUACUGAACUGACUGUAUGUCUCUGGGUGCGACUUACCAUUCUUUUUAUGUGUUUAAACUGUGCCAAUAUAUUGAUUUAAUAAAUCAAAUUAUUGCAUUUUAAAAA